CCUGGACCCUCCCGGUGUCGGACCACCGCUUUAUCUGUGUCUUUGGCGGACACCUCUCGGAGGGACGACGACGGCGCGGGGCCUUGUGGCCGGGCUGUCCCCUGACCACUGCGCAGCGACUGCAAGGGAUUCGAGUAUCCCAGGUUAGAGGUGAGCAUGGCAGAGCAGGAGCCCACCGCUGAGCAGCUUGCCCAGAUAGCGGCGGAGAAUGAGGAAGAUGAGCACUCUGUCAACUACAAGCCCCCAGCCCAGAAGAGCAUCCAGGAGAUCCAGGAACUGGACAAGGACGACGAGAGCCUUCGAAAGUACAAGGAGGCCCUGCUGGGCCGAGUGGCUGUCUCUGCAGACCCCAAUGUCCCCAACGUCGUUGUGACCCGCCUGACCUUGGUGUGCAGCACCUCCCCGGGCCCUCUGGAACUGGACCUGACAGGUGAUCUGGAGAGCUUCAAGAAACAGUCGUUUGUGUUGAAGGAAGGUGUGGAGUACCGGAUAAAGAUCUCUUUCCGGGUGAACAGAGAGAUCGUGUCAGGCAUGAAGUACAUCCAGCACACAUACAGGAAAGGGGUCAAAAUUGACAAGACCGACUACAUGGUCGGGAGCUAUGGACCCCGGGCUGAGGAGUAUGAGUUCCUGACACCCAUGGAGGAGGCCCCCAAAGGCAUGCUUGCUCGGGGCAGUUACAACAUCAAGUCCCGCUUCACAGACGAUGACAAGACUGACCACCUGUCCUGGGAGUGGAAUCUCACCAUCAAAAAGGAAUGGAAGGACUGAGCUCCAGCUGGGAGGCGGGCAGGGCGACGGACAGACAGAAGGACCGACAUGCCCCACCC